ACACCUACGUUGUGUGGCUGCGCUAUACGCUACCGUGAAAUAACAAACGCAAUCUCAGACAACAUCGUUCAUUUCAUUUCACUUUCAUUUUCACUUUCAUUUGAUUUGCGAGACAACAUAAGAACGAUCAAUGAUUCGAAGCCUCGCUUUGCAAUUGGCAGCACGAUUCCGACACAACCACAACCUUGUGCGGUUUUCUUCAUCUGCUUCUGCUUCUGCUUCUGCUUCUGCUUCGACUCUUCACCAUGCCACUCCCUCUUCUUCUUCCGCUGAGCCCGUUCACAUCACCCAAAACUGCGUGCGAAGAAUGAAGGAACUGGAAGCUAAUGAAUCAUCAACAGAUGGAAAAGUGCUUCGUUUGAGUGUGGAAACUGGUGGAUGUUCUGGAUUCCAGUAUGUUUUUAAUCUGGAGGACAGAAUCAACUCAGAUGAUAGAGUUUUUGAGAAAGAAGGAAUUAAAUUGGUUGUUGACAACUUAUCGUACGAUUUUGUAAAAGGGGCAACUGUUGAUUAUGUUGAGGAGCUAAUCCGUUCAGCAUUCGUGGUAACUGAAAACCCCAGUGCAGUUGGUGGUUGCAGUUGUAAAAGUUCCUUCAUGGUGAAACAGUAGUGAUUUUUGCUAGUCCUUUUGACCCUUCACCCACUGCUGAGAUAUUCAUUGUAACCAAUUUUUGGUUCUUUUAUACCUCUAAAAGGACGAUUCAUUGAACUCAAGAUAAAUUUUAUUGCUUGU